AUGGCUAAUUUACUAAUAUUUCUAUCAGCAACGCUGGUAUUUGCACUGGCUUACGUUGAAGCCCAGUAUGUCUAUCCUGCUGCUUAUUAUGGACCCGCUUAUUAUGAACCCGUUUAUUAUGAACCCAUUUAUUAUUCUGACUACCCUAGUGAUGAUAGUAGUAGUAGUUCCAGCGAUGACAGUCAUUAUCCUGACCACAAACUAGAGUACAAACCAGAGUACAAACCAGAGUACAAACCAGAGUACAAACCAAAGUACAAACCAGAGUACAAACCAGAGUACAAACCAGAGUACAAACCAGAGUCCAAACCAGACAGAUACAGACGAGAUGCAGAAAAGAACGACCAAGACAAACCCAUCGCACAGUAUUCAGCAAAAGAAAACCAUCUUCGCGAAGAUCAAGAUGAUCAUCACGGAUUCAAUGACAUCCGUAAAAAAGAAAAAGAUAAUAGGGGAAAUGCGAAACAACUGCAUGAAAGAAAUAAUUAUUAUGAUCGAAACAGCGACAAAAAAGCACAGAAUGCUGAGGUGGCAAACAAACUAUUUAAAGAUCGUACAUCGUUUGAAGGUAAAGCACAUAAGGAAAAGUCUCAGACACAUGACGCUGGAAAAGAUCAUGAAUUAAGCAAAAAAGAACGUCAUAGUGGUUAUCCUCAGAAGCAUAAAGGACAUCCCGCCAAAGAAGAACAUCAUAGUGGUUAUCCUCAGAAGCAUAAAGGACAUCCCGCCAAAGAAGAACAUCAUAGUGGUUAUCCUCAGAAGCAUAAAGGACAUCCCGCCAAAGAAGAACAUCAUAGUGGAUAUCCUCAGAAGCAUAAAAGAUAUCCCGCCAAAGAAGGAAAGUGA